AUGUCACUGCGUUUUGUUGCCCCAAUUCAUCCUCGCGAGCCCUCGACCACCAGUGCGCCGCUUCCGAAGCGGACGAAGCGCUCGGCCGCUUGUAUGGCGUGUAAAGCACGGCGGACGAGGUGCGUCGGGAAUCAUCCCUGCGACAGGUGUAUCGAAAUCGGCAGCGAAUGCGUCUUUGCGGGCCUUGAUCGUCGACGAAAGUAUGCCCAGCGACGAGCAGAGCAGGAACUAGACACCGUCCAGAAGCUGGUGGACGAAAUCAUCGAGUCAUUCGACGGCCGCAACUUCGAGCAGCUGGGACGGAUCCUGGAACGGGCGAAGGAACAGCGCUCGGGAAAUGACGGCCACCGGCGAAGCGGACAGACCGACAGUGAUGGCGUCGAAGCUGAUGACACCAGGACGAAUCGAGACGCUUCCAGCAGCUGCAGAAGGCCCAGCUCCCGAUCCUCGUCCUCCUCCGUCGGAUCGCUGGACGAGGUCGACACCCUGACCGAAGACCCGAAUCGCACGCUGGAAAGUCGAGCGGCCGGAUACAUUGGGAAGGAGUCGGAGAUUGCAUGGAUGCAGAAGCUGGACUUUGAGGCGAACAAGUUAGACGGCGGGCAGGAAGGAACGACCGAGGAGCCCGUGGCCGCCUUGAGCUACCACGUCGACAACCUCUCCAUCACCGAGACUAGUCCUGUUGAUGCGAGACUCUUGCCUCCGCGGCCGUGGGCGGCGCACCUGGUCAACAUCUUCUUUGACUCGGUCGCUCCCUCGUUCCCGCUUCUUAACAAGGCGCUGUUCGUGUCGCAGUUUAAUACGGCCUUCUCGGGUUCGUGCGAGCCGACACCGAAAUGGCUGGCGGUGCUGAAUCUGGUCUUUGCCAUCAGUGCGAAAUACUAUCAGCUGGCGGAGCCCAUCGCCGGUAGGGACGUCGACGACCGAAUCUUCCUAUCGCGAGCGCUGUCGCUCCGUACAUCGAAUCAACUCCUGCACGAACACGCAGACCUGCACCAAGUCCAGAUCGACCUUCUCCUGGGCAUCUACUAUCUGGCUUCAGGCCAGGUCAACCGAUCGUGGCGGAUGAACGGUAACGCUGCACGGGCGGCCGUCUGCCUAGGCCUGAAUCUUCGCACCCUGAGCGAGCACAUCGACCCCGUCUCGAAAGAAACCCGGACCCGCAUCUGGUGGUCCAUCUUCUCCCUCGAGCACUUGCUGUCCGGCAUGACCGGGCGCGCUCCCUGUCUCGAUCACCGCGCCAUGUCCCUCUACCCUCCUGUCCCCUACGACGAGUCCUCGUUCGACGACCCCGAGCUACAAGACCUUCUCGGCAUGGCCGACCGACGCGAGGAACGUCUGUACUGGACAGUCUAUGCGACCGACGAGGAGCUCGCGUCACGAACGGCCUGGCUGGAGACCAUCCAACCGAGCCCGUCGCUCUACUUCUUCCACCUCAUCGACUUGUCCAUCACAACCCAUGCCGCCGUGAUGGCCAUAUACAGUCUGCAGACUGCGAGAGAAGCCCAGGGCGGACGCGGGCAGAGCGAGAUCCCAUUCUACCAGUCCCGGCUGCAGUCGUGGCUCUCGAACCUACGCCCGCCGUUCGCAUUCGCAGACCCUGAGAACAACGAGCUAAACAUCUCCAGAGACUCUCGCGUCCAGGUCACGCUUGCGCUGUCCUUCUACAGUUCACAGAUCAUCCUCAGCCGGCCAUGUCUGACUCGCCCGGGCAUGAAGGAAGGAACGAACAUCCGCUUCCCGCGCUCACGAUUCGGGAACGACACGGCGCGGACCUGCGUCCAUUCCGCCAUCUCGCUUAUAACGAUUCUUCCCGACGAGCCGGACAUGACCUGGAUGCUGAAGACGACACCGUGGUGGACUAUCCUGCACUUCGUCAUGCAGGCAAUCACCGUCCUGCUAAUCCAGCUCUCGGUCGGACCAGUCUCCGACAUCGACGAGGGCGCAAAGAGCGAAGCGACUUCCGAACAAGACAAGGAAGGAACAGACAAGAAAAGCACAGGCAAAGCACCAAACCACGCCCCGGAAGCCGUCCAAAACGCCUCACAGAAAGCCCUCCGCUGGCUCCAAGCCAUGGGCCGCCAAGACCCCAGCUCCCGGCGCGCCUUCGAAAUCAGCAGCGGAUUCCUCCGCCGGAUCGCGAAGGCCAAACAUCUCGAUCUGGAAGUCGACUUCGACGUGCAGGGCGGGCAGGGGCUGCGCGCCUACGCGCACAUGUCGGACUUUGAGCACCAGCUGGCGGAGAAGAGGAGGAGCUCGCCGUUGUCGAGUUUGCAGGCUGGUGCUGGGGAUGCGGUGAACUGGGGACCUGAUCGGACGGUCUCGGAGGGGGACUUUGAGUGGCAUCAGCAGCAUCCGUUUGUGCUUGAUCCGGCGUUGUUUUCGGUUGGUAUGUAG